AUGACAUAAAUAAAAAAAGAGCUGACAAAUUAAAUUUGCAAGCAUUUCACAUUCUAUUUUUUGUUUGUUUGUUUAUUUGUAUAUAUAUUUAUUUAUUUUAGUGAAUAACAUAUAUCAAUAUAUAAUUUUUAAAAGGUCAUUUAUUUUGUUAAGCUUUUAGUUAACGAUAUCAUGCAUUAAGGCGAAGAGGGAAAAAUUAAUUAAAUAGUAGGUCGAUGA